CCACGGGGGCGGGACUAGAGAAGCGGAAGCCCUUCCGGCCGCCCGGAAGCGCCCUGCGCGGUCUGGCAGCAUGGCUGAUGAAGAGGAGGACGCGCCGUUUGAAGAAGACGCGGAAGAAGCUGGAUGCGGCUUGGAUGGUGGACAAGGCAAGAGGAAGAGGCUGUUCUCCAAAGAACUAAGAUGCAUGAUGUAUGGAUUCGGGGAUGACCAGAACCCUUACACAGAGUCAGUGGACAUUCUUGAGGACCUGGUAAUAGAGUUUAUCACAGAAAUGACACACAAGGCCAUGUCAAUUGGACGGCAGGGUCGUGUACAGGUUGAGGACAUUGUCUUUCUGAUACGCAAGGACCCUCGGAAGUUUGCCAGAGUUAAAGACCUCCUAACUAUGAAUGAAGAACUGAAACGAGCCAGAAAGGCCUUUGAUGAAGCAAACUAUGGAUCCUGAUUCUGUGCACAAGUUGCACUGAGGCAUUAUUUGGGCACUUGCUGCCCAAAAGGAAGGAACAUCAUGCAUGUUGUUUGGAGGAACUAUUCAGAAUGGAGGUCACUGCUGGAAUGUCUGCCCUCACUCCCAGCCUUUUCUGAGAAGUAUUCAAGCAGCUGGAUGUUGUCUAUGUGGUAUACUUGGGUAUUUUUGUAUUGGUCUAUGAAUUGAGAAAAGAGCA